GCCUCUCCUCUGUUUCUGGGUUAAAAAAUCCGCUAUCCUAAUCAAAAUCUUGCAACUUCGCAGGAGACAAGCCAAGUUGGCACUUGCUAUGUAAUGAUUCUACACCUAACCGAGGUCUUGCCGGUGCAAGGUAGAUGAGGACAAGUGGACAACCAUACUAGUAUAUUAUGGCUGAAAUGUUAUUGGAUGAUUAAGAUAAACGGACUGAAAGACUUCAACUGCAUCAGUGAUUGUCCUUUUCUGGAUAAUUUCAUGUUAAACGAAUCUGAUGCAAAUAUUACAAUAAAUUGAUUAGGUAGCCAUUCUGCAUUUGACUUUGGAGGAUUGGUUGGUAGGUUCUCUUCUUCCAGCUGCUGGGUUGACGAAUUGACUGUGUAGGCAGAAGGAGUGGCUUAGCUUGUGACUCUGUGAGCAACCAUCCAACAAGAGCUAGUUUGAUCUCACCUAAGCAAGAGAUUCCUCUUCUACCACCUCCCAGCAGGAGCAGGCUCGCUGCUGCUCGUCUACACCGAGGCAUGGUGACCAAUUCCUUUCUUGCCAGCCGGUUUUUCUUUCUCGCGAGCCUGAAUUGCAUAUGCUACAUUUUGGGCUCCUGGCUUGCGAAGAAUCCUUUUGUUGUUUAUCCCAGCAAGAGACCACCACUGGACCGCCGCCUUUGUCUCUACUCCUUCUCACAUUUUGCCGUUAAAUCGAAAGGUAUGGCGUUAUUCCUUUAAAAUUGAGUAUCAUAUCUUGGUUCCAUGCUCUUUAGUUUUGCUUAUGAAUUGUUUGAUGAAAUAUAGUCAAAAUAAAAAUUGUUUGAUGAAAUGCCCAAAUAAUCAUCUCUGCACUUUUUACAAUAUAUUUGCUCCUAGUUAAAGUCUAUGGCAUGUGGUUCCUGUAGCUGGUUGUCGUAAGAAGAAAGUGCUUCGAACUUGCAUGUCUGGAAUCUGACUAGAAUCAAGAAAAGGGGCAUCAUUGUUCAUAUAUUUUACUAGCAAGUGGAUGUAUGGAAAAAGAUAAUUACUGAAAGGGCCUUUACCUUGUAAUUCUGCAACAACACUUGUCCAUUUUUUAUUUCGUCACUAGUGGGAAUUUACAAUGAGGAAGGUGGGAAGAAAAAUGCGAACAAGGACGUGUUUGAUGACAAGAAAGGUGUGCUUGAUUGUGUGGCUGUGACAGGGACGGAUAGGUCCUAUGGCAAGUUUGACAAGAAACCAAUCAGCUGGUCUUCUACCUUCCAUGUAAUGAGGUAACCAUGAGGUGUGAGCAAGCAUCCAACAGGCUAGUUUGUGUGGCCAAGCUAAAUCUCACCUAGGCAGGAGAUUUUCCUUCUGGAGCACAGGAGUAUGGUCAAAGCCGCUCUUCUAUACAGUGGUAUGGCUGCUUCUUCUAUCCCCCGUGCUUGAAUUGCACAUAUGGCCUCUUAUAGUUAUAUGAUCCUGGCAUUGGGUAACCAUUCAUCAGUUAUUGAUGCAGAUGUCUCAGCAUUCACUGAUCAUGGCUUCAACCACUAAAUCCUAGACAGUGCUGCCGCCACGUCCUUGACUCCUUCUUUCAUUAUCAAAGAGUAGAAAGACAAGAGCAUUGUGUAGACAAUUUGCACAGCACAAGGCCCACAAAACAUCAAGGCAGGCGCACUUGCAUCGAAGUCAGAGUCCAUUGGUUUGGCCACUAUGGGCACAAUUUUGGAUGCUCUCACUUCGAAAUUUUUGACAAAGCUGGGUCAGCUUAUCGAAGAUGAGGUUGUGAUGACACUAAGCGUGAAAAAGGAUAUCAAGAGGCUGAAGAAAAAUCUGGAAUACUUCAGCGCUGUUCGUGAGGACACAGAAGCUCUGGCCAUGGAAGAUAGACGGAUAGAGGCAUGGUGGAAGAGCAUGACUGAUGUUAUGUUUGAUGUUGAUGUCAUCAUAGAUCUUGUUAUGGUUCAUUCACAGAAGCUUCUGCUACCACCUAGAUCGGUAUGUUGCAACCAGUCUAUGGUUUCUUGUUUUGGAAAGCUUUCAUUUGAUCAUAAGGUGGCUAGAAGAAUUAAGGACAUAAAUGAAAAGCUUGAUGAGAUUAAAACGAACACACAGAUGUUCAGCUUGGAUAGAACCAUUCGUCAACAGUUCCAGGUAACAACCGUGGAUAGAAAUCAGACAUCCCCUAUAGAUGAACUAGAGGUUGUUGGAAGAGAGAUCAAACAAUCUGUUGGUAACAUAGUACAAAUGAUUGUCAGUGGCUGCCAUGAGAAUAGUAGAAGUGUUCUGGGGAUUCAAGGAAUGGGAGGCAUUGGUAAGACAACGUUAGCCCAGAAGAUAUAUAAUGAGCAGAUGAUAAGAGAGAAAUUCCAAGUUCGUAUAUGGUUGUGCGUUUCGCAGAGCUACACAGAGACCGGGUUGAUAAAGCAGGCAAUACGAAUGGCUGGAGAAAAGUGUGAUCAACUAGAGACCAAGACCGAGCUUCUUCCACUUUUAGUGGACACUAUCAAAGGAAAGAGUGUUUUUCUUGUCCUGGAUGAUGUGUGGAAAUCUGAUGUCUGGAUUGAUCUUCUUCUAUCGCCUUUCAUGAGAGCCUUUAAUUUCCAUGUCCUUGUCACCACAAGAGACCUGGAUGUUUUGUCAGAAAUGCAUGCAAUAUAUACCCACCGAGUAAACAAAAUGAAUUACAAUGAUGGCUUAGAACUGCUUAUGAAGAAGUCCUUUCAGUCGUCCGAGCAAAUAAGUGAAUUCAAGAAUAUGGGGUAUGAAAUUGUAAAGAAAUGUGAUGGCCUUCCUCUUGCCAUAAAGGUCGUUGCAGGUGUCCUAUCUACCAAAAAAACAGUUGCCGAAUGGAAGAGCAUCCGAGAUAGCAAAUGGUCCAUUCAUGGACUCCCCAAAGAACUUGGAGGCCCACUGUAUUUAAGUUACAACAAUUUGCCCCCUCAACUCAAGCAGUGCUUUCUCUGGUGUGCUUUGUUGCCUCCUAAUUUUGGAAUCCACCGUGAUGCUGUAGCUUACUGGUGGGUUGCCGAAGGUUUUGUGAGGAAAGAGCAUGAGUUCUCAGUACAUGAAAUUGCUGAAGAGUAUUAUCUUGAGCUAGUUCGGAGGAAUCUUAUUCAACCAAUACCAAAGUAUGUAGACAAGGCUGUGUCAACAAUGCAUGAUCUAUUGAGGUCACUUGGACAAUAUCUGACAAAGGAUCACUCCCUAUUCAUGAAUGCGGAAAAUAAUAAUGCCAUGUCGAAUCUGCGCCGCAUAGGCAUCAGCCAUGCUGUAGAAAAAAUACCCGCUCUAGAAGAGCAUAAGUGUUUGAGGAGUCUCCUACUUUUUAAUAACAAGAACUUCAAGUUGAUUCACAAGGAAAUAUUCAGAAAGCUCGAGCAUAUCCGUAUUUUAGUUCUCAGCGGAACAAGCAUCCAAAACAUACCAGAGUCAUUGGGGAACUUGGUGCUAUUGAGAUUGCUAGAUCUGAGCUAUACUGAGAUUAACAAACUUCCAGAGUCCACAGGUAGCCUCAUCAGCCUUGAAUAUCUCUCUUUGCUUGGUUGCCAUCAUCUGGAUAGCCUGCCAGCUGGUCUCAUGAGACUGUCCAACAUAAGUUUUUUGCAAUUAGAACAGACUGCAGUUGAUCAUGUUCCAAAAGGGAUUGCAAAGUUUCAGCAGCUCUACAACCUAAGAGGAGUUUUCGAGAGUGGUACUGGAUUCAGAUUAGAUGAAUUGAGACGCCUCCCCAAUAUCCAACGUCUGUGGGUCGAGAAGCUAGAGUCAGCGGUACCAGGGACUGAACUUGUACUGAAGAACAGCCAUAAUCUUAGAGAACUGGGACUGCGCUGCACAGUGGCCAGUACACAAGAGAGAACUCGUUACCAGACUGAUGAGGUUGUGAGAAUUCAGCAAGUUUAUGAGAUGCUUAUUCCAUCACCAAGCCUUGUAUAUAUUUUUCUGGAAGGGUUCCUGGGUAUAAGGUUCCCAGAAUGGCUACUCUCAGAACCGGAGCUCAAUAUGCCAGGUUUGUGUCAUAUGCACCUCAAUGAGUGCGUAUCAUGUUCAGAGCUUCCACCAGCAGGUCAGAUGCCAGAAUUGCUAGUUCUUCAGAUUAAAGGUGCAGAUGAAGUUGUAACUAUUGGCACAGAACUCCUGGGCAAAGGUGUGAGAAGUGCAGCAGCUUUUUUCCCAAAACUCGAACUGCUUCACAUCAUUGGCAUGUGCAAUUUGGAAAAAUGGUCACUGAACAGAAAUAUGUGUGAUGACAUGGAGGACAACUCUCAACAGCUCUCUCUGAUGCCUUGCCUUAAGCGUGUUCUGCUUCUUGAUUGCCCCAAACUGAGAGCUCUGCCUCAAGACAUGUCCAUGAUUGUUAAUUUGAAGAGAAUCCACAUUGAAGGUGCUCACAAGCUUCAAGAAGUUGUCAAUCUUCCUGCCGUUCUGUGGCUCAAGGUGAAGAACAACGCAUGUUUGAGGAGGAUUUCUAACCUCUGUAAGUUGCAGCACCUGUUUGUACAGGACUGCCCAAUGCUGGAUCAGGCAGAGAACCUGUGCUCGCUGAAUAGGGUGUACAUGAUUGACUGCCCACAUGUCCAAGAGUUCAGGAAUUGUCUCGCGGAAGAAGAGCAAGGCAUCCUAGUCCAUGUUGCAGCAGAUGGACGUAAUAUCUUCCCGGAUGAAUCUCUCUAUAAUUAGAAAGGCUUACAAGAUCGGUUCGUAUUAAAGACAUGAUGGUUAGUUGUAAAUACUCAAAAUCUUGUGAAGCCUGGAAGUGCAAGGAGCUCUUUGAUCGGAGACAGGCAAUGGGAGGUCUCUGUUUGUCGAAUGCUGGAGUGCAGUGUUGUUGCCUUUUCUCUGUUUUACAUGGCCGCUCAAAACAUCAGAUUGGUUACAGAUAUGGCCUUUUGCAGGGAGCUGCUGCUCGGGGAUUCCUCAGAAUCCUUCAUCAUAUCUUCGAGCCUUGAAGUGCUAUGGAGCUCUUCGAUUGUAGGCGGACGAUAGGAGGUCCCUGUUUGUUGAGUUCUGGAGUAAAAUGUUGUUGCUUUUUCUCUGGAACAUUUGUUCUUUUAGUGUGUUCUUGUGGAGUUCAGGUGAGUAUUUCACCUGGGCUGCCUACAAAAACGACAUCAGAAGCUCAUUAGUUUUUGGAUUGAUAGAAUAAUGAUAAUGGUGUACCUAUAGUUGAUUUUCAAAUGGCUUUUGUACUAUCACUUUGAGGAACGUGACUAUAUGGUGUCAGGGAAAGUUAAACAGAUGUCUG